AUGGGGUCAAACGUUGUUGUUUUUGUGAGCUAUCUGUUGUUGAUGGGAUUUGUAUGCUUGUCUGAAGCUCAUACGUUGUACGUUGGUGGGAAAGAUGGUUGGGUUUUGCAGCCCUGUGAUGGGUUGAACCAUUGGGCCGGAGAAAACCGCUUCCAGAUCAACGAUACACUUAUUUUCAGGUACGAGAAAGGAGAGGAUUCAGUUCUUGUGGUUAACAAAAAGGAUUACUAUCAGUGCAACAAGACAAGCCCAAUCGAUAACCUGACAGAUGGGAAUUCUAGUGUGACAUUGACGAGGUCAGGUGAAUUUUUUUUCAUAAGUGGCCAAGCUGAUAAUUGUGAAAAGGGACAGAAGCUUAUCAUUAUUGUUAUGUCUCCCCAACAUCCUAAGCCUCCUACCGUUAUUCCUCCACCACUACCUUCUCCCACCUCCGUCACUCCGCCGUCUCCCGCCCCGGCACCGGCCCCCGGCCCCGCCUUGGAUAAGUCGACGGCAACAGCGGUUCAUGCCUCGGUUGGCACAUUAUGGGGAUCCGCACUCUUGCUGGCUCCACUUUUCAUGAUGAGCUUGGGUUGA